GCUUUGGGACCGGGACCUGGACUAGGAUAAUUACUGGAAAUCUCCAUGGGGGCAGGGGAUCCGCUUGACCGUCAAUGUGCCUUUCUUUGGCCCUGAUUGGGACGUACCAGCGACUCUGUUGCGCCGCCAUUGGUCGAAAACCACAUCAAUCUCGUUACAUCCAGGUCCCCCCUAAGUUUGAAACUUUUUUUUUUUUUUUUUUUUACGAGAAGGCAUCGGGUUACAACUAAACGAGCUCUGGCAACCGAGCCCACUCUCGGCCGAAGGAAGAAAACAGUCUUUGAAUAAUUCACACAUCUGUGCCCGGCCCACGGUUCCAGGAAGAACAGGAAAAGGAGCACCCGAGACGAUAUCAAGCCGAGACACAACAAGCAAAAGGCGGGCGAACAUGCUGUGAAACACCGUUCCCCGCCUCACCGCGAGUGAUGAAGACCAGAUAGAGAGUUGAGAUAAGUUUGUCUUGUAUCCGACUGGGGAGAGAGCAAGAGUUGACAAUGGACUCUUUCAGCACAAAGAGCUUGGCCCUGCAGGCUCAAAAGAAGCUGAUGAGCAAAAUGGCCAGCAAGAGCAUGGCCAACCUUUUCAUCGACGACACCAGCAGUGACGUGUUGGACGAGCUCUACCGAGUCACUAAGGAGUACACCCGCAACCGCAAAGAGUCCCAAAAGAUAAUCAAGAACCUCAUCAAGAUGGUGGUCAAGUUGGGGGUGCUCUAUAGGAACAACCAAUUCAAUGGCGAGGAGUUGAUUCUUGUGGAGAGCUUCAGGAAGAAAGUCCACACUCUGGCCAUGACAGCGGUCAGUUUCCACCAAAUCGACUUCACCUUUGACCGCCGCGUCAUGAGCGCCUUGUUGAACGACUGCCGCGAACUGCUGCACCAGGCAAUCAAACGUCACCUGACGGCCAAGAGCCACUCGCGUGUCAACCACGUUUUCAAUCACUUUGCCGACUGCGACUUCCUGGCCGCUCUCUACGGGCCGUCCGAAGUUUAUCGUGCUCACUUGCAGAGGAUCUGCAACGGCCUCAACAAGAUGCUCGACGAGGGAAACCUUUGACCUCUACUCCCAUUUUGAAGAAUAUUCCAACUUCAAGCAGACAAUCAGACUUUUUACCACAUAUUUAGUCGGUUUGUGCGUGCCUCUCAAACAUAGCACUGAAGUGCUCUUUUUGUUUUUUGUUUAAAGACUGUUUAUGUUCUUUUUGCUUUUGUAUCAAAGCAAACAAAGCCUAUACAAGUGAAUGUAAAACAACGGUAUAGGAGCCUAUGUGCCUUAAACACCUUCCUACUCAUUCCAAGGGCACAAUGCUCGCUAUCUCACUCAGUUGAGAAAAAGUGAAUCCCUGAACAGGCAGUUUUAUCUUUGUAAACAAUGCCUUGGAGAGGAAAGAAAUGUCUUUACCGUUUGGAAACGCCAGAGUCAAAAAAGCUCCUUUUUAUAUAUUUUUAAACUACUAUUGCACUCAAGCCUGAAUAAGCGCUGUACUGUACUUUUUCCUGCAAUAAUGCAACCAUGUGAACCAGAGCAGAUUAAUCCUGCUUAGCCUGAAUUUUAAACAUCUUAAAUUUGUAGCGAGGCUGGGCUUUUUGUCUCAAAGUAGUCAAUAAAGCCGCUUCUAGUUUUUUUCCCCCUUUUUUCUCUCCAAUCUGGUUCCUAGCCAGCGCAACAAAAAUGAAGUAUUUAGGUCAUAGGGGCACUAGAAUAUAAAGGAGUCGGCAAUGUGUGUGUUGUCUUUACGCUGACUCAGAUGUCUCUCGGUGAGUCAACAUUGUGACUGUAACAGACUCCUUGAUGACGCCAUCUUUGCUUCAACUCGUGAAUGGGAUACCAUCUUAAUACGAUAAGAGCUCUGAAUAAUUUACAAUUGUCAAUUCUAAAUAAAGAUGAUACUUUUUUUUUUUUUUUUUUUUUACCAAUUUAAUGUGUCUUGGCUGCAAUUUGGCUCAAGUUGGAAAGAAACAUGACUUAAAAAUGGCUGGCUGGAAAACAAAGUGAGGAUAUUGUGUAGAUGGGAAGCACAGCUUCAUGUUAAGAUUAGCCACACAGUGACAGCACUGUACCUGAUUGUACCAUUUCACUGUAAUCAUAGCUUACUACCGAAGCCCAGCCCCUUCAUUUCUGCAUACAACAGCCUCACUUCAACCUCCCAUACUCAAUUUAAACCCUUCGUGGGGCAAAUAACUUUUUGUUGUUUCUGUUAUUGAAAUAAAAACACACUAAACCUCAUGAAGACCUAGUGUCCACAUACAGGGGUUGGACAAAAUAAUGGAAACACCUUAAAAAAAAAAUCAACAAAAACUAAUAUGGUGUAUGUUCACCUUUUGCGGCAAUUACAGCCUCAAUUCUCCUAGGUAUUGAUUCAUACAACUUGUGAAUCGUUUCCAAAGAAAUUUUAAGCCAUUCUUCAGUUAGAAUACCCUCUAACCCUUUUAGAGACGAUAGCGUUGGAAAUUUACGUCUUAAUUGAAUCUCUAAAACUGACCAUAAAUGCUCCAUAAUGUUGGGGAUUGUGCCGGCCAUACAAGAUGCUCAACUUGAUUAGAAUUUUCUUCAUGCUAUUCUUGGUAACUUUUCUGUUUUGGUCAAUUUUAGCGACGUCCGUGGACAAAAGCGGCAGUGUUUUGCCUUAAGGAAGACUGCGUUUUGCAUGAGGGCCAGUGCACCCCCCGCACAGUGUUGUAAAAUCUCCCAGUCGCCUACAGAUGGAUUAAAUAACAUUUCUUUUUCCUGCUGCUGUGUGACUGAUGAAUAGUAAUGUAAGGUAAUGAAUCCAGCUGUGGCUAAACAAUAACAUAUGACGGUUAGCAACUGUGUGGCUUAGUGUGGCUAUGCCCCCCACCCCACUCGAACUCUGUUGAAGUGGGGGGUGUCACGCUAGCGAGUGAAAGCGGGUGUUUUGCCUAAAUGUUUGGCAAAAUGUGCUACAUGAGGCAAAUUUGACACCCAAAGUACUACCGUCCGCUCUGAACUUGUUUUGUUUAGAUGCAUACAGGCAGGAUUUUUUGAAAGAAUGCCUUGUAGAAUGUAGUUAUGUGGUCAACUGCUUUAAGGCUACCACAAAAAAACACAAUGGUUAAAAGUAUGAGUGGGAAAUAGAUGCAAAAAGUAUUUUUGAGGCAAUGAAAAGGUAAUUAAAAAACUCAAUAAAAAUAAAAAUGGUACCAUAUUUUUCGGACUAUAAGUCGCACCGGAGUUUAAGUCACAUUUUGGGGAGAAAUGUACUUGAUAAAAUCCAACACAUAGAACAGAUAUGUCAUCUGGAUAGGAAAUUUAAAAUCAAAAAUACAAUAGAGAACAACAUGCUGAAUAAGUGUACAGUAUGAUAAUGUUACAUGAUGCAUGAACAACGAAAUGCGAACCUGGCCGGUAUGUUAACGUAACCUAGCUAUUAAGCGUUAUUCAGAUAACUAUAGCAUAAAGAACGCUAACAAGUUUACCAAACCAUCAGUGUCACUCCACCAAAAUAAUAUGAAAUGAUAUAUUAUGUGUUAAUAAGUUCACACAUAAGUCGCUCCAGAGUUUAAGUCGCACCCCCAGCCAAACUAUGAAAAAAAAAAUUGCGACUUGCAGUCCAAAAAAUACGGUACUCGCCGCUUCUAAAUGAUGUGCGGAUGCUUGCGCAAGCGCGCUAAGCUUUGUGUAGACGUUUCGCCGUGUAGGAAGGAAUUGCAGAAAACCGGGACAAAACUUUUUGUCUCUUUUAUUGCUCUGCCAUCUUUGCAGAAUUCGUGCGAAAGUGUUCACAUCGACUUCCAUUUUUACAAUGAAUGGGGAAAAGGGGGAAGUGAUGUAUGCCGUAAAGCAGUCAGCACAUUUGUAGGUUUUUUUGUGUGUGUGUGUGCGUGUGCGUGUGCGUGUGCGUGUGUGUGUGUGUGUGGCAGUGUUCCCUCCACCCUCCUCAAAGUUAAUUGGUGCCGGUGAAAGUGAUACAGACCCCCUCAAGAUAUAAAAGUGGUGUCAUUCAAGUAGUUGUCAAUCGAUAUAUCACAAAUGUUAUAAAAAUAUUUUGUAAAGGUUGAAAAGUUACCUAGUGUUGCUUUAACAAUUAUGUUCAAUGAUUAUGAUGACAAAAUGUUAGGUGUUUCCAUUAUUUUGUCUAACCCCUAUAUUUGGAGAUCACAUUUUGGGUCAUGUAAUAUUGUGGCUUACAUGACCCAAAUGUGAUGUCCAUAUAUGUUAAUUAUUGUAUCAUUUAUUAUUAUUGUUUUUAUUAUUGGUAUAUAUUUAUUUUUUUUAAUUAAUAAUCCAAUUCAGGGUGUACCUUACCUACUGCCCAGUAAGCUGGGAUGGGCUCCAGCACCCCCGCGACCUUUGUGAGGAGCAGCUUGGAAGAUUAAUGAAUGAAUAUAUGAUAAUAUGUAUAUUAUUUGCAUUUUAAUUAACAUUUUAUUAAUCAGGUUAUAGCAGCCCCUUAUAAGUUUUUUUUUUUUUUUUUUUUUAAACCUUUCAAGGACAGUGGACAGCUGUUCAAAAGUUGACACUUAACCCUUCAUAAUAGAUCAGUGACUAUUAAAAAACCUAUUAGCAAUUAUGUAAAUAUUGUUAAAAUUAUUGUUUUAUAUUUAUAAAUAAUGAAUACAUUUUAAAAAUUAAUACAAUGUUAAUACAAGCUAAAUGAAUGAAAAAUGAAUAUCAACAGAAAUACACACUGGUUACGGCCCCAAACUACUAGAUUUUUUUUUUCAUAGUAUAACAUGCAUGCCAUUGACGGUGAUAGUUGUCCAAUCCAUUUUGACUUGGAGGGUCAAAUGAAUGAACAUUAAUUCAUCCCUCCCAGGCAAAAUAGAUUGGAAGUCUAGUGCUGUCAAUGGCAGCUAAUGAGUGCCUUACAAGGGUUUAACAGGAUCCGCGGAUAGAAAGACUUGAGGUUUUUAAAAGAUAAACGUUAUUAUGAGUUUGGAUAAAAUGAUAUCGAAACCCCUUUUGAUGUUUACGUUUUUAUACAAUUUGUAAAAUUAGUUUAACUAAUAGGUCGCCAUUUUUGUUAACGUUGCAGGGCGGUGACGUCACAUGGUUACGAUGUCUGGCUUCCAGAGCAUGACUCUAGCGACAUAAACAUGUAAUCUGUUCAACCUUUUCAAUUUGAACCCGAGAAUAACAUUAAUGAGCAUGACAGCACUGUCGAUUUAUCACAAAAGGAGCAGCAAAAGCAAAAUGAACAAGAAAGACGGGAUGAGAGUAGGACAAAAUUGUUGUACUGCCAAAAUGUGCUACACUGGCGAAACGUCUACAGGAGGCGAAUUUGACACCCCAAGUACUACCGUGCGGUUUUAGCUUGUUUUGUUUAAAUGCAUACAUACUAAAGAUGCCUUAAGAAAAUACUUAAACGUAGUAAUAUCAAAUAAGGGUGGUCUAAAUAUGCUACAUGAAUAAUGUGGUCAACAGGUCAACAAUCUGCUUUAAAGCUACCACAAGAAAACGCAAUGCUUAACAGUAUGAGAAGGAACCACGCAAAAAGUAUUUCGAGGCAAUGAUAAGGUAUUAAAAGACUCAAAACUAAAAAACAAAUAGUAAGUACUCGCCGCUUUUAACCUAUGAGCGCAUGUGUUGGACGCUUCACCGCGUAGAAGGAGUUGCAGUAACCAGGUGUUCGGCAAUUUCUUCCUACGCGGCAAAAUGUCAACACAACGCUCAGGGCACUUGCGCAAGCAUCGGCACGCAUGCGCACAUGGGUUAAAAGCAGCGAGUACUUACUAUUUGGUUUUAUAGUUUUGAGAUUUUUAUUACCUUUUCAUUGCUUAAAAAUACUUUUUGCAUGAAUUUCCCUCAUACUUUUAACCAUUGUGCUUUUUGGUGGUAGCUUUAAAGCAGUUGGCCACAUUAGUCACGUAGCGUAUUUAAACCAUUCUUAUUUGAUAUAACUGCAUUUAAGUAUUUUUUUAAGGCAUUUUUUUUGUACGUUCUGCCUGUAUGCAUCUGAACAAAACAAGGUGAGGGUGCACGGUAGCACUUUGGGUGUCUAAUUCACCUCAUGUAGACGUUUCGCCGAUGUAGGACAUUUUGGCAGAACACCGGUAGUAUUUGUCGAGUGACAGUGACAAUUUACGUCAUCACCCUGAGCUUCCAUAAAACAUGGUGCCCUCCGUAGGUCAAAAGAUGUACUAAAUAGAUUUCUAAAUCAAUUGCAAUAUUUUAUGUGUUUCUAAUAACAUAUUUUAGAAAAAGAGAACACUUGUGGCUUAUUAGAGCCUACAAGUCUUCAAGUCCGAGGUUCCCUUUAAAAAAAAAUCUUCAAAUCAUGCAUGAAAGGGUAAACUUCAUAAAAAUUGGCUCAUUCCCUGCCAUUGACAAUAAAUGACGUUCAAUUCAUUCAAACUGGGAGGACUGGCUGUGAAUGCUCAUCUUUGCAGCCCUCCCAGGGCAAAUGGAUUGGACGUCUUGCGCCGUCAAUGGCAGCCAAACAGUUAAAUGUGUGCCCUAUAAAGGGUUAGUGCAGUCGAAGGUUGUUUGUCAUUCACAAAGGAGAUUGGGCUGUUCCAUAAUGGCUGUCUUUGUUUUUCCGACAUCCGAGUCCGCGUCCAUGAGAUUGCUCUGCGCCUCGGCUUAAUUUCGUAUUCUGCCAGUGACUGAGUGAGUGUGUGUGUGUAUGCGUACCUGUGACAGAAUUGGAAAUUGAGCCGUGUAAUAAGCGCUGUACGUUUCCCAGAUAGGCUUGCAGAAACUUAACUUCCUCUAACUCAGUCGCUCUUGCCAAAGUGGUGGAGGAGAUGCUGAAGAGCUGUUGUUACUCGGCACGUCGCCUCUUCCCGGGGAAACCUUCACAAAACAGUAUGCACUUGAUUAUCAUAACACUCGUAAUGAUGAAGACGCGUGGGGCUUGAGUUUUCAGCUUUUUUCUUUUUUUUUUUAAAUUGAGGCCAUCUCAGGGUUCUCAUUCUGUUUUUCAGUCACAUUCUGCAAUGACUUCUUUUAUUGAAGCUCUUCAUACUAGUCUUGAUGCAGUUUUACUGAUGUUUUUCAUUCCAUGUACAUACGAAUGUUUUUUUUGUGUUCCAACAUUGUAUCCAGAUGUAGCAAAUAUAUUACGUUUCUUAAAAAUAUUGUUUUUCUUGUCUUGUGUAAGAGUCAUUCCAGAGUUGAAGGGCAUUUUGGCUUCAAUAUUUUAUCAGUCUAAGCCUUCACUUGUCUGAUUUUUCUGCUCGACAUUCAUUAAUAAUCAGUAAUAUACUUUGAAAGGUUUGAUUACCUCUUCUUAAAUGUCAAUGUUAGAAAAAUUAUUACAUCAAUGGAUAAUUACGCGGCUGACACGUCUCUACAACAUCGCGUAGACACCGGGAACAUUGCCUCUCGAUUUGCAGACCGGGGUGGUUGUCCCCCUUUUGAAGAAGAGGGAUUGGAGGGAGUGUUCCAAUUCUAGAGGGAUCACACUCUCAGCCUCCCCGGUAAAAUCUUCAGGGGUGCUGGAGAAGAGGGUCUGUCGGGAAGUCGAAUCUCAGACUACGGAGGAGAAGUGUGGUUUUCGUCCCGGUCGUGGAACAGUGGACCAGCUCUACACCCUCGGCAGGGUCCUCGAGGGUGCAUGGGAGUUCACCCAACCAGUCUACAUGUGUUUUGUAGAUUUGGAGAAGGCGUUCAACCGGGUGCCUCGGAGAGUCCUGUUGGAGUUGCUUCGGGUGUAUAGGGUACAGAGCCCCUUGGUAAGGGCUGUUCGAUCCCUGUACGACCGGUGUCAAGUUUGGUCCGCAUUGCCGGCAGUAAG